AUGAUUAAAUCAAGAUACUCGGUAUAUCAAAUAAACUAUCCAUCAAAUAAUGUUGUCACCCCUAUUAGAACAUGCCGAGAAGAUAAUUAUGAACUGCCAAACUUUUAUAAAAGUAAACAUAAUCCGUAUUCCAACUCCCUAUGGAAUACUUCUACAGAAAACCGCGAAGCCCUUAAUAGGAUUAGAGAGAAAACUGCCAAUAAGCGGAUAAGGGAAGAUCGAAUUGAAAGCAAAGUUUUAAGUUCUGCUAUUUCAGAGACUCAAUCUCUAGUGUGGGAUCAUGAAACAGAGCCACAAGCGAAGAAAUCAUAUUCCCCUUUGGACGUCGAGUCGUUUAGUCAAAAGCUCUACCUGAACUCAGAUAGACCAGAUUCAAAGACUUUGUCAUUUAUCAUAACGUUACAAAAGCUUUGCGAAUCUGAACUACAGUAUUUUGAAAUGCUAUCACUAUGUUUAUCUACCUAUAAAACGGAGGCAUGUUACAACAAGAAGUUCAAGAACAAAUUGUUUAAUACUGCUAAAAAUGAUGAAUUAUUGGUAUUUGGAAAUAUCGAUACCAUGGCAGAGCUAAGCAAGUUAUUUUCCAGGAAACUACUUGAAAAUAUUGAAAAGUGUAGCGGGUACCCACAAAACGGAAAGAUGUGGAACGAGAUUAAGUCAAAUGACAGGAUUUGUCAAGAUAUUUUAAAGAUAGACUUUGCAUCUCUGAUUAAAUCUCAUUUGCAAAGACUAAAGUCCACCUAUCAUAGUUAUUGCUUGUGCCAUGCUGAAAGAAAAAUGCUUCUAGACUCUCUCAAACUACAAAACACAGAACUUUUCUACAAAUGGUACGAAUUGUGUCUGAAGAAGUCUCAGUUUGAGAAACUCGAAGAUUUGUUGGAACUUCCCUUAGAAAGGUUGGGCCAAUGGGGAUCUUUGUUUGAAAAUUUAUGCUUGUUUGGUGAUAAUUUGUUGCCAGAACCUCAAUCGGCCCAAUUGAAUUUGGUAUCCAAAGAGUUCAUUUCUUAUUUGCGGGAACUAAAUGAUGAACUGAACGAGUUGGGGAAACCAAAGGAUAAGUUUAUCAGAGAAAAUUCCCCUCCAACAGAACAACCCAGGCAUCAAAAUUCUGAAAGCUUUCAACAACCAAAGCCUUCUUCACUCCCUGGAUCAAGACAUGAUUCGAUACCCGACUUAUCCUUACCGAGCUCAAAUUGUACUUCUCAAGCUGUUUCCAAAUCAUCCAGUUUCUAUUCGGAUGCCAGGUCCCUCAAAGACAGACAAAAUCCAAUGGUUCCACAAAACAAUAUUGAAGACACCUCUUGUAAUACUGAAGAACAUGGGGUAUCUCUUAAACAGUCCAUGGAACAGUUCAACAACCUCUAUACAAAUCUACAAAAAUGGGACAAGGCUCUGUGCAAGCUUGAAUUGGCCAAAGUGCUAGAUCGAACUUUGAACACUGCAAUUGUAUGGAAAAACCUCAUAGAGUUCGAGCCACCAAACGAAUUGUUCAAGCCAGGGAAUGAUGACAGGACCAUCUACGGGACCUACGUGGAGAAAAUCGACAAACAAAGGCAACAAGUAAUGAUAUUACAACUACAAGAUCUCAGAAGAAAAGUGAUUAAACCACUACAGCUCUUGAUCCAAAGAUGCUCUAUUGUAAAGCAAAAGUUAGUUGACAGAAAGACCCUAAAGAAAGAGUACAUCGAUUACAUUAAAAGGCAACAAAUAGACAAAGAUACACAUGACGCCAAGAAAGAAAUUCUUGCCAAUAGUUUCCAAAAGCUACAUUCCCAAUUAACAGAAUCUCUGCCGACAUUCAAUAACUAUGCAACUAAGGUGGUCACAAUGCUCGUAUCCCAGUACACCUUAUUGAUGAUGGAAUACAUGAAGAUUCUUUCCGGCGGGGACCAGUUUCUAGAGAAGGAACUUCAAGAAGCAGCUGCAUCAGAACGUAAACUGGGGGACAACUUCGAUAUCCUACAGUUGUUUUGUUCAUCAAGGUAUUACACCAGACAAGCAGUAAGAGAAAACUGGACUGCGUAUGGCGAUCCUAGGGCAAGUAGACCUGCAAGAAAGCUAUUUGAAUUAUGA